AUGAUGCGCUCGCUGAAGGACGCGCAGCAGAGCGUGCUCGGCCGCACGCCGCUGCGCUACCAAUUCGAGGUCAUCCCCCACGCCGUCGAGGGCAUACCUGAUGGCGUCGAGGCCGUCAGCCUGGUAUGGGAGAAGGGCUCCAAGCUCUGCUUCACAGACCCGGCGCCCGUGGACCCCGCAACGCGCACCGCCACGUUCAAAGAGGUCAUGCGGCAGUCUCUGAGCCCCAACCCGCGCCUGCAAUUCCAAAUCCACUUGAGCCACCGCUAUGCCACCACGCCUCUUUAA